CCUGUGAAAGGAGAAUAGAAGUCUGGGAGGUGGACUAAUCUGCAAAUGUACUCUUAAACCUCUUCCCCAACGCGCGAUGGCCGCCGCCGCGGGAGAAACACCGGCGGACGAUGGGGCUCCGCCGCCAGGGGCGCUCUACUCCUUCGGUACUCCGUGGCCGGAGCUCAACGAAGGCCUCUCCUACAGCGACGAGUUCCGUUGCGCUGAUGCGGACGCCGCCACCACCUUGAUUGAGUUCUACUCCAGUAAUUACAAGAGCUCCGCGCCAUUGCUAGGGUGGAUCAAGAGGAUUCGUAACGGGCAGAUAACCGUUGAUGGUCAAGUUAUCACCGAUCCAGAUAUGACUCUGAGGGAUGGUUCUAAGUUGGUAUAUCAUCGUCUCCCUUGGCCGGAGCCAUUUGCGCCAUAUUUGCUGGAAGUGCUUUACGAGGAUGAUGACAUGGUUGCCCUUAAUAAGCCUUCUGGCUUGCAAGUUCUGCCUAAAGGACUCUUCCAGCAGCGCACUGUUUUAGCACAGGUUCAGAUGAAAGACUGGAAGAUGACAUCUUGCUGCUCCAAGAGAAAAGAUGCGCAGUCACAUCCAGUGCCUGUUCAUCGAUUAGGAAGGGGAACAUCAGGCCUCCUGCUCUGUGCCAAGACAAAGGUUGCCAAAGUUCGACUUGCAUCGUAUUUUGCUGAAGGCGCUAUAAAUGCUGGAAAUAAAAGGGAUAAAUCAGAAUUCCAAGAGGAGCGAAAAAUUUCAAAAUUUUAUCGAGCCUUAGUGAGCGGCAUACUUGAUAAUGAUGAGGUUGUGGUUACGCAGCCCAUAGGGUUAGUUCAUUAUCCUGGAGUUGCAGAGGGACUUUAUGCAGCAUGUUCCUCAGGAAAGCCAGCAAUGAGCAAAGUAUGUGUUCUUGAGAGACUUGCACACCAAAAUCAUACAUUGGUCCAGGUUGAAAUUCAUUCAGGGCGACCCCACCAAAUACGGAUACACCUUGCAUACAUUGGGCACCCUCUUGUAGAUGAUCCUCUCUAUGGUAUUGGUGGGCACCCCAAAUUUGUUGAGCCAGAAUCUGCUGGCACAGAUAGUUCUUUUGCUUAUGAUGGAGGUUACGAGAGACCUUUGCAACCUGUUCCUGGAGACUGUGGGUAUCACCUACAUGCACAUUGGCUUGUUCUUUGCCAUCCAACGACAAAUGAGAUGGUUAAAAUCACCGCUCCUCUGCCACAUAUUCUACAGACUCAAGAGGAACGUCGUGCCGCCUUUGAGCGAGUCGGUGAUUGAACCUGUGAACUGAGCAGUCAGCAAGUUCCCGCAAGCGCUACACCCCUAGCGAACACCUUUUCUUGUGGGAAUACAAAUACCUAUAUUGUACACUGUCGACUGUACGUACCCAGUGCCGUGUCUCGUGUACUGUAUGCCCAAUAUUUGGCUCUAUUUCUGAAUUUAUUCGGUCUAUUCGAAUUUCAAGUUGCUAAAACAAAUGCUUUGUUCUGGCACAAAAUAUGCGUUGGUGGUUUGAAAUGGAGGUAAAUAAGUACUGCUAAUGAAUUGUACAAUGCAUGGUACGUUUACUA